GCCCUUAAUACGUAUAUAUAUCAGAGAGAACUGAAAAUAUCGUCUCCUUUUUCCUUCUUCCAUCCUGUUCGGUUUCUUGUUUGCUUUACUGAAUCUUGGCUGGGAAAUUCCUUGAGAGGAGAAGAACCAAAAGCUCAAAAGAUGCCUAAGAUAAAGACUAACCGUGUUAGAUAUCCAAAUGGCUGGGAGCUGAUUGAGCCCACUCUACGUGAACUGGAAGAAAAGAUGAGACAAGCUGAAAAUGACCCACAUGAUGGGAGGAGAAAGUGUGAAGCAUUAUGGCCCAUUUUUAAUAUCGCACAUCAGAAGAGUCGAUAUAUCUAUGAUCUUUUCUACAGAAGGAACGAAAUCUCCCAGGAGCUGUAUGAGUUCUGUUUGGACCAAGGUCGGGAUAUGAACGCCUAUGUUGCUUGCAAUGCAUCCAGCCACGGGACCACAAUUUCGGCACCACUUGCGUAUGUAGAGUUCCCAAGAACUUGAGGGAUGAAAAGGUCAUUGAAUGUGUACAUUGUGGAUGCAAUGGUUGCGCCAGUGGUGACUGAUUUGUUUGUAAGUAGUCUUUCUGAGCAAUGUAAAACAAAAUUACCGAAGAUUGGUCCGUCUUUUCUGCGUAUAUUAAUCAUUAUCUAGUAAUUGUAAACUUAAUGAGAUUACAAUCAAAGCAGUAAUCUAGUAUGCAGGUAUUAAACACGAAUCUAGUCCUUGUGACUUGAGACGAUUGUUGUAUUAAGAGACUUCUGAUACUCCUUCUCUGUGUUAAUUUCUUAUCUCGUCUAGAGAUAACCAAAGACUAUUUGUUUGCGUUUUUUCUGAAAUAUAAUCUAUUUUCUGAUCUUUC